UAUGUAAAUACCAAUAUAUUUCAAAAUUUCUUUAUUGGAUGACCAACAUGUACCCACAUUCCAAGUUCAACCCAUCAUUGUCUUUUUCUCUUUUGGUAAACUAUCCACCAACCUAAGUACCUAACCCAUAUUAUUGUCAAUCAACACUAUAAAACAUCUCACCAAAACCCCGAACACAACUUUGUCACAUUCACCAUUAUAUUUCAUCUCAACAUAAUAUGGCAAAAUCAUCCAUCAUCUCCUCUAUUCUUCUCCUUUCUCUUCUCACCCUAACCUUAAUACCCAAAACCCAUGCAUCAUUUGCAGAACCCAUAUCCAAACAAGACCUAGGGAUUAAAGCUUUAGAUGACAAAAAAACCCAACUGACUUUCUACUUUCACGAGACCCGAAGUGGGUCCAACCCAUCGGGUAUUCAAAUCGCUAAGGCAAAGUCCACGGAUCAAUCAUCAACCAGGUUCGGAUCCCUAACCAUGAUUGAUAAUGCAUUAACCGAGGGCCCUGAACCAACGUCGAAGUUGGUGGGUAGGGCCCAAGGUAUGCAUGGAUCCGUGGACCUAAAUGAAUCCGCUUUAAUGAUGGUUAUGAAUUUGUACUUUUUAGAAGGGGAAUAUAAUGGAAGUACAUUAAGUGUCCUAGGGAGGGAUUCGCUGAGUGCUAGUACAGGGGAAUUACCUGUGGUUGGAGGAACUGGUACCUUCAGAUUUGCUAAAGGAUAUGCUCAGAUUAAAUCUCAGACGUUCGAUUCAAAGACUGGUGAUGGGGUUGUACAAUUCAAUGUGUUUGUAAAUCAUGCUGAUGGUUCAUCAUCAAGUACUGGUAGUGGUAGCCCAUCAGAUGGGAAGUCAUUAGGGUCUACACCAAGUGAUGGUGCACCCUCAUCUAGCCAAGCAUCUCUCUCUAAAUUAGUGUCUUUUACUAGUUUGUUUAUGAUUCCUCUUUUGUACUUUUUCAUUUUUUGAAGGAUAAUUUUUAGUGCUUUUUUUCCCUUCUAUUUUAUAAAAUUUUUAUAUAUUAUUUGCUACUGGUAGUGAUCACAAUAUGUCAUAAUUAUGUGCCAGUAUUUCAGAACGAAACGAAUGAAGUAUUUAUAUGCGUAUGUAUUAUUGUAUACUUGUAUGAGGAAUAUUAGCAUGUGAUGGAGGAUUUUUUUUGUAUUAUUGAAAUUGAACUUUUAAUGCAUUGUUGAAGUUUUGGCUGGCAUUUGUAUAAAGUUG